AGUAGAAAAAAAAGCGAACUGAGCAGCUGAUGAAAACAAGGAAGUGAAUGCUGUCGGUCGGAGCCGGAGCUGGAGCUCGUCUUCUCCUGUUAAGUGAAAGUAGAUCAGUGGGCAGCUCUGUAACUGAAUUCAACUCAGUGUCUGUGCUAAGGAAGUGCUAGCCUGCAAGCUAAUAGCUCCACUGAGUCUGUAUUCUCUCACAACAAUUCCGGCAGAGACAGACAGAAUAGAGAGGGAGAAGGGGAGGACAAACUGAGCCUCAGUCCUAUACAAACCAGCAAGUACACACAGGAGUGAGUUGCACACUGGUAAGCCCCACAGGGGUUCACUGAUCUGAUCCCUAAAAUUAUCAUCAGCAACCAUGAACAACCAGGGGGAACCCUGGGAAGGAAGCAUGGGUCAAAAUCAGGAAGAACUCCCGCAGAUGGAUGGGUCAUGUGACGCAUGUGAGCCUGAUGAGGCCCAACCAGCCACACAAGUUUGCCACACCUGCAGCUUUGCCUUCUGCUCCGCUCAUGCCGACAGACAUGCCAGCAGAACACAUCACCUGCUGACGCCAUACAAUCAUGAGGCAGCACAAGCUCAGAGCCUUGGAAUGGACAGAGACUCUGGGAUUGAAGCAGGAGCUGAGGGUGGGGUUGCAGCUGGAGAGGAGGGGGAAAUGGGGGUGGGCAUGGAGGAUGUAGCUCAGAGAAACAUGGCUCUGUUUGAAGCAAGGACUUGGGAGAUGGGGCCGCUUGGAGCGGCAAGGGUUGAGUCAGAGGAAGAGGGUGACCGAGUAGAAGGGGCAGCACAGAAUGGUCUGCCACCGGAGGCAGAAAUGGAUGCGGGGGCUGAAGGUGCAGCGGCAGGGCAGGAGGCCAUGGCUGCUCCAGAGGCUGGGAAGAGGGACACUGUAACGGUGGAGAGGCUGCGCUGCAAGCAACAUGGACAGGAAGGCUCCCUGUAUUGUAAGCCAGAUGAGCAGAUCAUCUGUGUUGUGUGUGCUGUGCAGGGCGAGCACCGUGAUCAUGAGAUCAUCACUCUGCACGAAGCCUAUCUCUGGCAGAAGAGCAGGGAGGGCUAUGACCUGCUGGGCUGCACACAGCAGAUGGCUGAGAAAAUCAAGACCAAAUGGAGCAAUCCUGAGAUGUCCACAGAGGAGUUAGAGGCUUAUGUGAACACCCAAUUUGACGAGCUCCACAGAUUGGUGCGUCUGGAGGAGAAGAGGACCCUCCACCUGGUAGACCUUAAAGAAGCUUUCUUGACAGCCUCUGCUGCCGAGAAAAUUGCAGAAAUCACGGUCCACACCGAGCGCUUGCAAGAGGAGAUGGCCAGCAUCACACACCAGCUGUGUCUGCUUGACCAGGCCGAGGCACAGGCAGCAGGGCCUGCAGUGGCACCAGAGGUCCUCUUAGGAGGGCUGGGACCACCCCCCAGACUGCCGCACGACAUUGAGGCCAGGCCAAGGUUGCCAGAGCCAAGGCGAGACCCCAUGGACCCCCGGGACUACGAAGAUGAUGAGCCUGGACCGUCGAUGGGCCACGCCCCCUGAUACUGGUGGAUAUUGGCCAUAUAUACCUAUCCUUAAAUGUCUGCACCAGCCCAGCCCCCAGCCCCCAGCCCUGUUGAGCUGCAAGUCUGGCCAUCCCCAUCUGCCGUGUUGCCCUGCUCCCCUCCCCUCCAGAUGCCUGCCGACAGUGAGCUGACCUUGAGGAAGGCUGGUGUGACAAAUAUGGAUGGCCACGUCUUCUCUGCUCUCAAACUUUUUAAUUCCUCACUAGCUACUAACUUUCUUUAAUUGAAGCACACCAGUUCUGUGCAAUCAAUUACCAUCAGGCUCAAUUUCCACAGCCAGUCAGAUCCUUGGCUGACUGGUGAGCCUGGCUGACUCAGAGAGGAGUCUGGGUAGGCAGCCGAGCGGAGCAUCUGUUAAGCCCAACAGAUGUCAGAAAUGGAAAAUUCUAUGACAGGGUGCGCUUCACUGUUCAUUUAUUCGCGAUCUAAUUUUUAUUCUGUCGUUUUGACACACAUAAUGGACAGCCACACACAUAAAAA